AUGUGCGCCGGCCCGCCCCCCGCGCGCUGCGCCCCUCGCGCGUCCCGGGCCAGGCCUCCCGGACGCCGAGCAAGCCGCCUGCCCUGCGCAACUCUAGGGAGUCCUGGGGCUCCGGCGGGCUCCCCGGGACGGAGCUCCAGCUCCAGCGAGUCCCCAAAGAGACCCGUGAAACCGCCAUCGCUGGGAGGCCCAGCCCUCGGGGUUCUCCGGACUACCUACUCCUCGGCCCUUGGGUCGCUGAGAGCCCGGGCGGCGCCCGCGGAAGGGGGAGUCCAGCGCCCCCGCUACCUUGAGCCGCGCGCGGAGCACCCGGAGCGCCCUGGCGCGGCCGCCCUCCGGCUACCGCGCCGUCCCCGCGCCCAGCUGAGAGCCGUCUCAUUCCUGCGCAGCGCAAAUCGGGAUUCAUUUUUCUCAACAAAGGGAGCACCAAACCUCAAGGUCACACAGCGGGUGCACGGCAACCGCAGCCAAAGCCCAGCCUCUGACACCCAGCCCAGUACUCUUCCACUGCCCAGCACUGCGCUGGAGCCGCAGCUGUCCAUCGCCGGAGCCCCGCCGGGAAGGGCCAGCCCCUGGAACAGCUCACUUGCUCCCAGAAGUCAGGCCUCCAGUGACUUUCCCGUGGAUACAAGGGAAACAUAUGCAUUCAUUCCGCCUUCGUCCACUCCUGUCCCUGGACCUGGGCUUGUGCGGUUCCUUUCAUACUGCUCCCUCUCUAUAUCCCACGGUCAGAAUAAAGCCUCCUUCCCUAAUGUACUGGAGCACCAAUCUUACAUUGCUGACCACCUACCGCAUGCAGGGGACAGAGGAAACGGCCCGCAGGAACGAGGCCAGCUGACCCUCACACGUGCUCCUGAGCUGGAGAAGGAGGAGAUCAAUCUGCUGCUGGAUUCCCACUGGUCACAGGAGAGCGUGAUGCCCUCCCCUUCUAAUUUUGGCCUCUUGAGCGAGCAGCCCCCUGGUUCUGGAGUCCUGAAACCAAGGGGCCUACUCCAGUCCUUCCUCUCCCUCUCCCCUGAGUGGUGGUGGGCAGGUAGGUGUGACCCCUCCCCAGGCACCUUUACAAACAGUGAAAAGCAGAAGUCCUGAGGCAGGCCCACUGAGUCCUGGCUCUGACCACUGGCCAGCUGUACAGAGAGGCUCUCUGGCCCAGGCUCUCUGGACCUCCGUGUUCUUGUGUGUGAAAUAUGAACACAGAGCUGUAUUAGUAGGAUCCUGGUAGGAAACUGGCAACACAUCCCCAGUGGGUGAUUAGAGACCUUAGUGAAUGGAUCGACUUGCAGAGGGGUGGGCAGGGGUGAGGGACCCAACGAGAGAUGGCGCAGCAUCCCAGAGCUAGCCACUGCAGAGAGCUGUUACCACCCCAGGCCUGAAAAGGAGCCGAUGGAACAAACACCCGGACCUUGCUCCCUUCCUGCCCCCCAGUCUCUCACCAGGUCCUCGCAUUGGCUCAGAAGGCAAGGGAGCCUGGGUAAGCCAGGCCGUAGAGGCCAGCCUCCCAGGACACAGAGCAAGCACAGCAGAGUGGACAGUGGAUCUGGAGGGUGAAUGGAGACUGUCUAACAUAAGUGACUGCUUUGUAAAGCACUUAGCUCAGUCAGCAAAUGUUCUCUGUGAUUGUCUUUGUUUGCAUAGUCCUCAGGGCUCUCAAUAACGAGAAGUGCUUGUAGAUCUAAAGAAAUGGCAAUCUAAUGGUGGAAUUUUGUUUUAGAGGAUGACCAAGGAGGGGCCAUUUACGAGGCAGAUUUUCUUGAGAUCUCCACAAAUCAGGCCUCCAAGUUCCCUCCCCAAUAAUCAGUUAUUGACUGCCCGUUACACCCGCUGGCUGGG